GCAACCAGCUCAUCAUCAAACAGAAAAAAUCAAACCAAAAACGUGGGGGGGACGAGAGCGAGGAGAAAGAAAGCAGAGGACCAGUAACUCGUCUGCUCUCGCCGCCACCUACCAUGGCAGCCGCCCCCGCCUCCCCGGUUUCCGCCAAGGCCGCCGCAUCCUCUGGCUCCGCGAGACCGGCGCGGGUUGGGGUCCCUAGCAUGGUCGGGUUUGGCGGCAGGCUGAGGAGCGUCAGCGGCGGCAGGAAGAAGAACAGCGCCGCGGUGCGGGCGUCGCUGUUCGCUCCGAAGCCGGCGGCGCCCAAGGACGCGAGGCCGACCAAGGUGCAGGAGCUGUACGUGUACGAGCUGAACGAGCGCGACCGCGAGAGCCCCGCCUACCUCCGCCUGAGCGCCAAGCAGAGCGAGAACGCGCUGGGCGACCUCGUCCCCUUCACCAACAAGGUGUACAACGGGAGCCUGGACAAGCGGAUCGGGAUCACGGCGGGGAUCUGCAUCCUGAUCCAGCACGUGCCGGAGCGCAACGGCGACCGCUACGAGGCCAUCUACAGCCUCUACUUCGGCGACUACGGCCACAUCACCGUGCAGGGGCCGUACCUCACUUACGAGGAGUCCUACCUCGCCGUCACCGGCGGCUCGGGCGUCUUCGAGGGCGCCUACGGCCAGGUCAAGCUCCACCAGAUCGUCUUCCCCUUCAAGAUCUUCUACACCUUCUACCUCAAGGGCAUCCCGGACCUGCCCCGGGAGCUGCUCUGCACGCCCGUCCCGCCCUCCCCGACCGUCGAGCCCACGCCGGCCGCCAAGGCCGCCGAGCCCCACGCCUGCCUCAACAACUUCACCAACUAGCUGCCGCCUGCCAGGAAUUACGGCUAUUGAUGUUGUCGAUGUAUGCCUAGUUUCGAUUGUUAGCAAUAAGAGUGAGUUAAUUGGAUCUGUGCUUCCGUCCGAUCAGUGUCAAUUAAUGGCGGCCGUUGUAUGGCCGACAAGUUAGGAUGAGAUCGAUCCCGGUUUCCUUCUUUCCCACGAUGAAUCAAUUGUACUGAAAAAACAUGGGAUUUGGUGGGUGGACAUUGAAAUGCGAAUGCGACGGUGUUGCUGUUGCGCCCCAACUACAGCGACAGCCGCUGAUUGCGAGCGAGCCAACUUUACUGAGCUUAUGCUGUUCAAUUAGUCAA